ACCGCCAAAUUGGACUUUCAAGUCGCCUUUUAAAAAAACGUCUAUAUAGGCAAUAAUUCUUAAUGUUGUAGCUCGUAAGACCAACUGGUCUUCAGAGUACACUUCUAAGCAGGAUGUAACACGUGAAUGAGGUGGUGCGGAACGUUCGUGCGUCAGCUGCACGCCAUCUUUCUUCACGCGUGGGUGUGUCCCUCUGUGGCUGCGAAUGUCCCUGUUUUGAAACGUCAUGGCGGAUAAACCAGGAUCAUCGCGUGAUAUAGCAAUGCCACAAAACUUCUAUCCCAAGACUGCAAGGGCCAGCCGUAUUGAGAGAAAGCUUGUUUCUCAACAGUAUGACAGUGACGCAGAUGGGCUGGAUCUCUCUGAUGAUGAUGACGUCCAGGAUCCAACAUACAGACCACAGCUCAUUUCUGAUGAUGAUGACGAUCAACUCUCUGAUCAAGACGAAACUAUUAUAUUGCAUAUUGAAGAUGUAGACGUGAUUGAUAAACAAGAAUCGCAAGGACCAAAGAGAAAAAAACGGAAAUCUAAUUACAUCUGGAAUGCUGUAGCAAGAAACCAACUCUCAAAAGAUAGUCCUACAUUUUUGGAGGCUACUAUCGAUGAAGAUGAUGAAAU